GGUAGAGCGUCUGCGCCAGUUCUCCGGGGUCUAGCCUGGCAGGAUGGCAGAGGAAGGGGCUGUCGCCGUCUGCGUGCGGGUCCGGCCGCUCAACAACAGAGAAGAAGCUCUUGGAGGAGAUACCCAAGUUUACUGGAAAACUGACAAUAAUGCUAUUUAUCAAGUUGAUGGCAGUAAAUCCUUCAAUUUUGAUCGUGUCUUUCACAGUAAUGAAACUACUAAAAAUGUGUAUGAAGAAAUAGCAGUACCAAUCAUAGAUUCUGCCAUACAAGGCUACAAUGGUACCAUAUUUGCCUAUGGUCAGACUGCUUCAGGAAAAACAUACACCAUGAUGGGUUCAGAGGAUUAUUUGGGAGUAAUACCCAGGGCAAUUCAUGACAUUUUCCAGAAAAUUAAAAAGUUUCCUGACAGGGAAUUUCUCUUACGUGUGUCUUACAUGGAGAUAUAUAAUGAAACCAUUACAGACUUACUCUGUGACACUCAAAAAAUGAAGCCUUUAAUAAUUCGGGAAGACUUCAAUAGGAAUGUGUAUGUGGCUGAUCUCACAGAAGAAGUUGUUUAUACAUCAGAAAUGGCUUUGAAGUGGAUCACAAAAGGAGAAAAGAAUAGACAUUAUGGAAUUACAAAAAUGAAUCAAAGAAGCAGUCGCUCUCAUACUAUUUUUAGGAUGAUUUUGGAAAGUAGAGAGAAAGGGGAACCUUCCAAUUGUGAAGGAUCUGUCAAAGUGUCCCAUUUGGUUUCUUUGGAGACUCGGGCCCAGGCAAUGGAAAAAGACCAGUUGGCCCAACUUUUGGAAGAAAAAGAUUUGCUUCAAAAAGUACAGAUUGAGAAAAUUCAGAACUUAACACGGAUGCUGGUGACCUCUUCUUCCCUCACAUCACAACAGGAAUUAAAGGCUAAAAGAAAACGAAGAGUCACUUGGUGCCUUGGCAAAAUUAACAAAAUGAAGGACUCAAAUUAUAUAAAUGAAUUUAAUAUGUCAACAAAUGUAACAAAAACACGUAAGGCGGCUGCAACCGUAGUGGGGGAAAUUGAUGAAUCUUUCUGCUCAGAGUCUGAUAUUUUCAGUAAUACUUUUGAUACAUUAAAUGAGACAGAGUGGAAUCCAGCAACAAAGCUACUAAGUCAGGAAAACUUAGAAAGUGAACUGAAUUCACUUCGUGCCAACUAUGAUAAUCUGGUAUUGGACUAUGAACAACUAAGACGAGAAAAUGAAGAAAUGGAAUUGAAAUUAAAAGAAAAAAAUGAUUUGGAUGAAUUUGAAGCUCUAGAAAGAAAAGCAGAAAAAGAUCAGGAGAUGCAACUAACUCAUGAAAUUUCCAACUUAAAGAAUUUAGUUAAGCAUGCAGAAGUGUAUAAUCAAGAUCUUGAGAAUGAACUAAGCUCAAAAGUAGAGCUGCUUAGAGAAAGGGAAGACCAGAUUAAGAAGCUACAGAAAUACAUAGACUCUCAGAAGUCAGAAGAUAUGAAAAUGGACUUGUCAUACUCAUCGGAAAGCACUGAAGACAUAAAACAAAUGAAACAGACUCUGCUUGAUACUGAAACUGUAGCCCUUGAUGCCAAGAAAGAAUCAGCCUUUCUUAGAAGUGAAAAUCUGGAGCUGAAAGAGAAAAUGAAAGAACUUACAAAUACAUACAAGCAAAUGGAAAAUGAUAUUCAGUUAUAUCAAUGCCAACUGGAGGCAAAAAAGAAAAUGCAAGUGGAUCUGGAGAAAGAAUUACAAUCUUCUUUUAAUGAAAUAACAAAACUCACCUCCCUUAUAGAUGGCAAAGUUCCAAAAGAUUUGCUCUGUAAUUUGGAACUGGAAAGUAAGGUUACUGACCUCCAGAAAGAACUGAAUAAAGAAGUUGAAGAAAAUGAAGCUUUGCGUAAAGAAGUUAAUUUGCUCUCAGCAUUGAAAUCUUUACCCUCAGAAGUAGAAGUGCUGAGGAAAGAGAUGCAUGAUAAAUCUGAAGAGCUCUGUGUAAUAACAUCAGAAAGAGACAAUUUGUUUUCUGAAGUAGUUCAAAAGGAAAGUAGAAUUCAAGAUUUACUUGAAGAAAUUGGGAAAACUAAAAAUGACCUAGCAAUUACCCAGUUGAAUUACAAAAGCACUGAUCAAGAAUUCCAGGAUUUUAAAAAUCAUCAUAUUGAAUUUGAGCAAAAGUAUAAGAUGGUCCUUGAGGAGAAUGCAAGAAUGAAUCAGGAAAUAGGGAAUCUCUCUAAACAAGCUCAAAAACUUGGUUUAAGUUUGGAUGCUGUGAACACAGAGUUUUCUCCCAAAUCUGAAGAAGUUCAGAAAACAACUGAGAGUCAAAAAAGGUUAAAUGAAGUGGAAGAGCUGAAGGAACAGUUAGAAAGUAGAGAUUCGAGGCUGCUAACUAUGGAAAAGGAAAAAACACUGAUCGCUGAGCAACUUCAACAAACUUUAGUAGAAGUAAGAACCUUAACCCAAGAAAAGGAGGACCUAAAACAACUCCAGGAGAGCCUGCAAAUUGAGAGGGACCAACUCAAAAGUGACAUUCAGGAUACUGUAAACAUGAAUAUAGACACCCAAGAACAAUUAAGACAUGCUCUUGAGUCUUUGAAACAACACCAAGAAACAAUUAACACACUAAAAAUGAAAAUUUCUGAGGAAACUUCCAGGAAUUUGCAUACAGAGGAAAACCUAGGAGAAACUAAGGAUGAAUUCCAGGAAAAGAUGGUUGACACAGAUAAAAAACAGAAUUUGAAAGCCAAAAAUACUCAAACACUGAUUGCGAAUGUUGAAGAUAAUGAGCUAACUGAGCAACAGAGAAAGAUAUUUUCUUUAAUACAGGAGAAAAAUGAACUGCAACAAAUGUUAGAGAGUAUUACAGCAGAAAAGGAACAAUUACAGACUGACCUAAGGGAAAAUAUUGAAAUGACUAUUGAAAACCAAGAAGAAUUAAGAAUUCUUGGAGAUGAACUCAAAAAGCAACAAGAGAUCAUUGUACAAGAAAAGAACCACACCAUAAAGAAAGAGGAAGAGCUUUCUAGGACCUAUGAGAAAUUAGCAGAAGUUGAAGAAAAGCUAAAGGAAAAGAACCAACAACUACAGGAAAAACAGCUACAACUUCUUAGUGUACAAGAAGAAAUGAAUGAGAUGCAGGGAAAGAUGAAUGAAAUAGAGAAUUUGAAGAAUGAAUUAAGGAACCAAGAAUUAACAUUAGAACGUAUAGAAAUGGAGAGGCUAGAGUUGGCUCAGAAGCUCCAUGAAAAUUAUGAGGAAAUGAAAUCCAUAACCAAAGAAAGAAAUGAUCUAAAGGAAUUACAGGAAUCAUUUGAAAUAGAGAGAGAGAAGCUUAAAGGAUACAUAAAAGAAAUCGAAGUUAGAGGUCUAGAAACAAAAGAAGAACUAAAAAUUACUCGCGUUCAUCUUAAAGAACAAGAAGAAACUAUUGAUGAACUAAGAAAAAACAUUUCUGAGAAGACAGCUCAAAUAAUAAAUAUUCAGAAGGACUUAGAAAAAUCCAAUAUUGAAUUACAAGAAAAGAUCCCAGUGCUUCAUGAGGAACAGGAGCUAGUGCCUAAUGUGAAAGAAGUCAGUGAUACUCAGGGAACAAUGGAUGAAGUGGAGCUAUUGGAAAAGCAAUCCAAAACCAAGGAUUCAGUGACACUGGCACGCAUAGAAAUAGAAAGGCUCGAGUUGACUGAAAAACUUCCAGAAAGUCAUAAAGAAACAAAAUCUCUAACUGAGGAAAGAGACAAGCUUCAGACAAUACAAGAAGCAGUUCGGGUUGGACAAGACCAGCUGCAAGAAGACAUUAGAGAAACGUCGGCUGAAAUCCAGGAGCCUCAAGAUCAACAAGAUCAGACCCUCAAUGUGAAAGAAAAGGACGAUGAGGCUGAGGAAAUCCUGAGCAAGCUGGAGCAACUGCAGGAGCCGCUCGAAGCCGGAGAGGCAGCACUGCCACGAGUGGGCAUGGAAAGGCUCAAGGUGGCUGAGAGGCUGCGAGAAGUUCCUCAGUCUGAAACUCACCAACUCAAAGAGAGCUUGAGAGAAAUGACAGCUAGGCACCUGGAAACCGAAGAGGAACUGAAAGUUGCUCGUUGUCACCUGAAAGAACAGGAGGAAACUAUUGAUAAGCUGAGAGUGAAUCUUUCAGAGAGGGAAACUGAACUCUCCAGCCUUCGAAAGGAAUUAGAAACAACCAAUGAUGAAUUACAGAAAAAGAUUCAACAACUUAAGGCAAAUGAACAUCAGCUUUUUAAGUUAAAAGAAGAUGUCAGUGAGUCACAGAAAAAAAUGUCUGAAAUAGAGCGAUUGAAGAAACAAUUCAAGGCCCAAAGUUUAACUCUGGAUAAAAUAGAAAUGGAGAAUUUAAAUUUGGCUCAGAAGCUUCAUGAAAACCUUGAAGAAAUGAAAUCUGUAAUGAAAGAAAGAGAUAAUCUGAAAUUGGAGAGAGACCAGCUCCAGGCAAACCUACAGGAAACCAAAGCUAGAGAUUCGGAGACACAACAGGAACUAAAAAUUGCUCACAUGCAUUUGAAAGAACACCAAGAAACUAUUGAUAAAUUCAGAGAGAGAGUUUCAGAAAAGACAGCUCAGAUUUCAAAUAUUCAAAAGGAUUUAAAUAAAUCUAAAGAUGAAUUACAGAAAAAGAUACAAGAACUUCAGAAAAAAGAGCUUCGACUGCUUAAAAUGAAAGAAGAUGUCAAUAAAACUCAUAAAAAUAUAAACAAAAUGGAACAAUUGAAGCAGCAAUUUGAGGCCCAAAAUUUAUCUAUGCAAACUGUGGAAAUGGAUAACUUACACUUGACUAAGAAACUUCAUAAAAGCCUUGAAGAAAUAAGAAUUUUAGCUAAAGAAAGAGAUGAGCUAAGAAAGAUAAAAGAGUCUCUCAAAAUGGAAAGAGACCAAUUCAGGGAAACCUUAAGAGAAAUGAUAGCUAGAGACCAACAGAACCAUAAAGGGGUAGUAAAAUACGAAAAACAGUCACAAUGUAAUGAAAGACACCACCUCACAGAAAGCCUGAGAGAAAAAUGCUCUAGGAUAAAAGAGCUUCUGAAGAGAUACUCAGAGAUGUAUAAUCAUUAUGAGUGCUUAAAUAGACUAUCCCUUGACUUGGAGAAAGAAGUUGAAACCCAAAAAGACCUUUCAGUUAGAGUAAAAGCAAACCUCUCACUUCCAUAUCCACAAAUCAAACAAAUUCAAAAACUUCUCACUGCAAACCAAAGAUGUUCAAUGGAAUUCCACAGAGUCAUGAAGAAACUUCAGUAUGUGUUAAGCCAUGUUACAAAGAUAAAGGAAGAACAACAUGAAUCCAUCAAUAAAUUUGAAGUAGUUUUUAUUGAUGAAGUGGAAAAGCAAAAUGAACUGCUAAUUAAAAUACAGCAGCUUCAACAAGAUUAUGAUGUACCAUCCAGAGAAUUCACGGACCUCAAAUUGAGCAAGAAUAUGGAUCUACAUAUUGAGGAAAUUCUCAAAGAUCUUUCAGAAAAUGACUUCCACUGCAUAAAGACUGAAUUUCAGCAAGUGCUAAGUAAUAGGAAAGAAAUGACCCAGUUUUUGGAAGAAUGGUUGAAUACUCAUUUUGAUAUAGAAAAUCUUAAAAAUGGCAUCCAGAAAGAAAAUGAUAAGAUUUGUCAAGUGAAUAACUUCUAUAAUAACAAAAUAAUUACUAUAAUGAAUGAAUCUACAGAGUUUGAGGAAAGAAAUGCUACCAUAGCCAGAGAAUGGGAACGUGACCUGAAAUCAGUGAAAGAGAAAAAUGAACAACUAUUUAAAAACUACCAAACUUUGAAGAUCUCCCUGACGUCUGGUAUCCUUGUUGAUUCUGCUACAGAAAACAAUAAGAACCUUCAUGUUACAUCAAGAGCCACAAAACUAACGACAGAGAAAAUUCAGGAGCUGGAAACUUCACUGCGUGAAGCCCAAGAAAGCGCUAAGCACAAGGAAAGCAAGAUUAUAAAGAUGCAGAAAGAACUUGAGAUGACUAAUGACUUAAUAGCAAAACUUCAAGCACAAGUUAAUGAAUCAAAUAAAUGCCUUGAAAAAACAAAAGAAAUGAUCCAAGUACUUCAGGACAAAGUUGCUUUAGGAGCUAAGCCCUAUAAAGAAGAAAUUGAAGAUCUCAAAACGAAGCUGGUGAAAAUAGACCUAGAGAAGAUGAAAAAUGCCAAAGAGUUUGAAAAAGAAAUUACUUCUACAAAAGCCACUGUAGAAUAUCAAAAAGAAGUUAUAAGGGUACUGAGAGAAAAUCUUAGAAGAAAUCAACAAGCCCAAGAUACCUCAAUUGUAUCAGAGUGUACGGACUCGCAGCCUUCAAAUAAACCCUUAACUUGUGGGGGUGGUAGUGGCAUUGUACAAAGCACAAAAGCUCUUAUUUUAAAAAGUGAAUAUAUACGGCUAGAGAAAGAAAUCUCCAAGUUAAAGCAACAAAAUGAACAGCUAACAAGGCAAAAGAGUGAACUCUUAAGCAAUAAUCAUCAUCUUUCCAAUGAGGUCAAAACAUGGAAGGAGAGAAUCCUUAAAAGAGAGACUCACAGAGAAGUUAGUUGUGAGAAUUCUCCUCAGUCUCCUAAAGUGACUGGGACAGCUUCCAAAAAGAGGCCGCAUACGCCUUCUCAAUGCAAGGAACGGAAUUUACCAGAUCCUGUGCCAAGGGAAUCACCGAAGUCUUGGUUUUUUGACAGCCGAUCAAAGUCUUUACCAACACCUCAUCCAGUUCGCUAUUUUGAUAACUCCGGUUUAGGCCUUUGCCCCGAACAACAAACUGCUGGAGCAGAGAGCAUGAAGCCUCAGCCAGCUCCUUGGCACGCCUCCUCAGGAAAAGAUGCGCCCGAGUGCAGGACACAGUAGACUCCGCUCCUGUCACUUUUCCGGGGGCCCAGCAUUCCCUGUUUGGAAAUGACUGCAUUUAUUACUUCAUGUGCCUAUCCCUGGCAGUGUUGUCACAGUCCAACUUAAUUUCAAUUCAGUUUUCAUUUUGCCACUAGAAUUGGAAGAGGAAGGAAUAGGAGAUUAAUGCGUUCCAGUAAUUUAGAACGGUGAUAGCAAUGUCUUCUUGAAUGUGGUAAUACUUUACCAGUUGAAUUGUUUUAUUUAUUUAUAUAUUUUGUAAAGAAUAAAAUUAUUGAAGGAAUUUUCCAGUCUUUCCAUGUAUACGUAAAAUGUAUUCAUUUUUAU